AGCCGGGGAGGGCCUCUUUUCUCUGGAAUAAUUUAUGCAAGUGUCUGUUAGUGCUGGUGGAGUGGGUUAGUAGGAGUGGCUGAGCUGAGGAGCUGGCAGUUUGCUUUGCAUGAAUCGCGGACUCGAAGUUGGUGGCUGCACCUCCGAUAUUUCCUGUGAGCCGCACAGACAGAGCCGUGCCGAGGCGAGGGCGGAGGAGGCGAGGAGAGGGAUGGCAGAGAACAGCUCCGAGACAAGCGGCUCCGUUCACCGGAGAUGUUUGGGCCAUUCUUCGGCGGAGCGAAACGUUUCAGCUGGGGUCGGGGCUUCAAAAUGGAUUCGACUAAAUGUCGGGGGAACCUAUUUUUUAACUACGAGACAGACGCUGUGUCGAGACCCAAAAUCAUUUCUGUACAGACUGAGCCAAGCUGACCCCGAGCUCGACUCUGACAAGGAUGAAACUGGUGCCUAUCUCAUAGACAGAGACCCCACGUACUUCGGGCCAGUGCUUAACUACUUAAGGCAUGGCAAACUGGUGCUCAACAGGGACUUGGCAGAGGAAGGAGUGUUAGAAGAAGCCGAAUUCUACAACAUCACAUCAUUAAUAAAGCUCAUCAAGGACAAGAUCAGGGAACGCGAUUGCAAAACAUCACAGAUUCCAGUAAAGCAUGUUUACCGGGUGCUGCAGUGCCAGGAGGAGGAGCUCACUCAAAUGGUGUCCACCAUGUCUGACGGCUGGAAGUUUGAACAGCUCGUCAGCAUCGGCUCAUCAUACAACUACGGAAACGAAGACCAAGCUGAGUUCCUGUGUGUAGUCUCCAAGGAGUUGCACAAUCAAUCAUACGGGACAAACAGUGAGCCCAGUGAGAAGGCUAAGAUUCUUCAGGAAAGGGGUUCCCGGAUGUGAAAAGGACUCAGUAUUAUGAGCUCCAGGUGUUAUGAUGCAAACAUAUCAUCUAUGUGGAAGAACGUGCGGCACAAUGGAGAUUUAAAGUGGGGUGUGCAUUUAUUUUGUUUUCCCUCCACUUUUUUUUUUUUUUAGUUUUUUUUUUUAUGUAAAUAAGUCUGUUUACUGACAAUUUGUGCCUGUACAUUUAAACUGGACCUUUUUAUUAAAUUAGCGGCAAGUUUUUUUUUUUCUAACUGAAAGUAAAGAAUUGUAAUCUACAAAUGUUUUAUGCUAUAACAAAUGGCCGCCAUCAUAUAAGGCCAAUGAUUCACUCAGGGUCAUCUGUUGAGUUAAUUCUUAUAUCCUCCAACUCAAGGGUCUGGUAAGGGAUCAGUAUGGUCUUUAUAACUCCGAGCAUCAAACACAAAAAUCAUUGUUUCAGAGAUUCUAAAGAAGGGAAUUGUUGUAUUUGCUCAACGCGUGUGAGUCAGGCUAUUAAACAUAAAAUUAAGCCCAAAAGCAAACUGGUUAAAAAUGGUUACCCAAAGACUUCAAACAGUUUUACUGAGAUUUGUGAUCAUGAGGACCUCAAAUGUUUUGUUUUGCUUUUAAAUUUCAGAUGUUUUUUAGGAAUUGUGACUAUAACUUUUUUUCCCCAGUUGUAAUUAAAAGUUUAAAGAAACGAGGAAUGAUCACCUUAGAGUACAAGAAAUCUUGACUGUAGAUAAAGGGGCAUUAGGUAAUCAGAGGUAGGAAAUGACCUAUAAUAAACAGAAAUAUCUGCCCAAUAUGGCAAUGUUGCAAAGCAAUAUACUUUUUUAAAAAUAUAUACUUCAGGUAAAAGUACCAUGUACUGUAGCGUCCAUCUUUAGUAACCCAGUUAAAUUGAGGUGCUUUUCUUUUUCUUUUUUUUCUUUCUUUUUUUUUUUGUGUGUGUCCUGGCAGGUCAAAUUAACUCUUUGCUUGAAAGUCAACUAUUCAUAUUUGAACUCUGACCCUCUACUGCUAUUAGUUUAUAUAGUUUGCUUUUCUAGGGAGUUUAAAAUAAUCUAUAAAAUGUUCCCAUGAAUUUAAUAGAACUAUAUUUAGAUUGAGUCUGACAGAUAUAUCUGCAUUUAUGACAACUAAUACCUGAAAAUUUAAAGACGAGACCAGAGAAACACCCUUCAGCCAUGUUAGCAGUUUUGAUGUUGCAUACUUUGUCCACCAGAGGGCACUGCAAGUUCGUUGGAGGCAACAUAGCUGCAACCAGCUGAUUUGAGCAUAAGAGUGAUUGCGUAAGUUACAUGGUUCUGAAAGGGGAAACAAAUUGUCUGAUUAAUUGAAAUGUUGAUAUAUUUUUUUAAUUUAGUUUUUUUAACUCCAAUUGUGAAUAUUGGUCGGGCUCUAGAUGCUGCUUGCCUUCUGGUUCUCAGAGUGCCCAAAAACUCUUUAAAAAAAAAAAAAAAAAAAAAAAAAAAAAAAAUCAUUGCUCCAAAAAAAAACAAAACCUGAAAUUGUGAGCAGGUUUAUGUAGGAACUAUUUUCUUUCCAAACUACACCCUUCAGCCAAAGAAAGCAUGUGGCUAGCUGACAUUAUGGGUCAGAGGAGGCAAACGUCGUUAUUUACGUCCUGUCACGAGCCUCACAUGAUGGAUAGGCGCACACUUCCUCCAGCUGGCUGAUGUAGUUCAGUCAAAGAAAAUAGUUCCUGCAGAAAACAUGGUUUGUCCAAUAUUUUUUUUUUUUUUUUUUUAAUACCUGAGUUGCAUUAACGCUGACUUAUAUUUCUGAGUACCACGUCAUGAGUUCCAUUUAGUUAUAAUUAUAUUCAAGAGAUUGCAGACUUGAUGUAUCUAAGACUGUGGAACAGUUUUGGAUGUAACAUUUGAUUUUUAGGCUGAGCUGUCCCCCUUUUUUUUAAAUUUUUUUUUUAAAUUAUUUUUUUUAAUUUAAGUUAUUGUACAUUCAGGAAGUCCUCUUGCCUGUUUAAAGAUUAAGAGUGAUUACAGUUGCUCUGUUUUCUGUUAAUGUGGACCUGUAGUAGUAUAAAGACUUUGAAAGGCUCUUAAGCAUAAGUUUACAUUAAUUAGAAUUUUCUUAGAAAUGUCUGAAGUUUUAAACUAUUUGAGACCUCAUGUUCAUAAAUCUAAAGUUAACUGGUAAAGUCCUCAGGACAGUGGUGACUCCCCCCCCCCUUUCCCCCCGCUGUUGUCUGAGUUAUCCUUAGCUCGUUUAUUUCAUAUGUUUGAGGGAACAUCAUUUGAGAUCAUUUUGUUUUGUUUUGUUUUUUAAGGGUUUGGUUUUGUUUGGGGGUUUUUUUUUGGUUUUUUGGGGGGUUUUUUGUUUUGGGUUUUUUUUGAGGGGAAGUAUUUGCAGCGUUUGGGGACUGGAACUGUUCGAAGGCAGCGGUGAAGGACUUUGUUCAUAUCAAGAUAUUGUUUUCAUGUAAAUAAUCCAAAUUCAAUAUUAAUAUUUAACUCUUAGGAAAACUGCACGUUUUGUACACUGUAUAGAAAAUACAGCUUCAGGUGGAAGUUGUUUAUACUGGAUCUUUAAAAAACAAAACAAAAAAAACGAGAAAACCUUGGCUUCUGUUUUUUUGCAUUGUUUGUACAGGACUAGAGAUUUCGGAGUUGGGGUUUAAAAAAACUAAACAAGAAAAAAAAAAAAAAGAUACUCUGUAAGGCGUCUUUCACUGAGAACAUGCCUGGAACAUGUUUUGAUAACCAAUAACAAAGCUAUACUUGGCUGGCUAUGAAGUUGACUGUUACGUUUCAGAAAAACAAAAAUGUAUUUUUUUUUUUUUUUUUUUCUUGCAGUGUGAUAAGAUUUCUUAGCUUUUUUUUUAAUGUUUAUUUUUAAAUGUGUAGAUUUUCAUACACAGCAUUACAAGCACUACAGUGGGAAACACUGUGCACACUGCUUACAGCCUGUAAUGCUGGUAAUGUAAAUACUGCCUUUUAGAACACUUGUUUUGUUUUUAAAUAGAAAGUUGUUUUCAGGUUUUGAUGUGUGGUUUUGAUAGGUUGGAUAUUUCAUUCACACGUUAUCAUUUAGUGUUGCCUUUUUUCUUUCUCUUCUCCCAGUGACCAAAAUCCAAUGUCUUAUGUGUAUUGAACACAUCGAUCUUAGUGUCAGGGAUGAGUAACUUUUCUUAAUGCUGGCACACUUUGUACAUAUAGACUUGUUAACGACACACAAACCUCCAUUUACUCACACGUACACAUGUACACUCGACUUAAGACCGUUUUUAUAUUGUCGGGAGGAAACGAGUAUGGAUGCAUGUUUUUAAAUAUAGAAAUAUAUAUAUCUAUACACACACAUAUUUAAACACACACAAGGGCUUUUAAAGUGCAAAAUUUGAGAUCUGCAAAGAGGUUCAAUCAGAGUAGACUGGAUUUCCUGCCAGAGCUAGGCUAUGUUUACAUUUGCUAUAGUAUUCUGAAGCCUUCCGAUUAUUUACAGUCUUGCACUCCCUCACACACCUGACAUGUGUGACCGCACCAAUGGCAACUAGCACUCCCCAUAAGCUAAUAUUCACUCUGACAUGCUGACAAAUGUUGAGAUACUCCAUCCAUUUUUAACAGCCAGUGCUUGAGCGUUGCAGACAAUCUUGCUUUCGCCCCCUUUCUUCUUAAAUUUGAUGAAAUGUAUCUGUGUAGGCUCAGAGCUAAGGUUUAUACAAGUCUCUUUUGAGACCUUUUUUUUAAGUGUUUUUGUGUUUGAUUUGCUUGGUUUGGUUGUAAUCUCAUUUAAAAUGCUCUGUUCAGAAGUGUUCAACACCCCCUCUACUUGAGCAGCUACAUUACAUUGAAUGCCCUUCACAGACAGGUUGUCUGGUUUAGAAUCUGGGAUAAUCUUUUAUGUGAUGGACAAACUUAUCAAAUGUGUAGCCUGAUCCUUUUAAGUGCCCAGUUUGUUUUGCAUUCAAGUCAUAAACCACAGAUCACUGUAAUGCAUGACUGAUGAUGAUGAUGAUGAUGAUCACACUCGUAAUCAGAGGGAAUGAAUGUGUCAUUUUUCCUCAAUCUUAACAGUUACAUUAAUAAGGUUCUCAUAUCACUACAUAGAUCACUUCUAUAUGAUCUUAUGCAAUGUUAAAAAUAUACAAACUGAGUAUGAGGGUUAAGGGGAUAGAUCUAUAUGGUCUUGCAUAGGGUAAACCCAAUAAAUUGUUGUCAUUCA